AUGGCCCCCGCAACCGAGAAGCGCAUCUACCUCACCCGCCACGCCGAGGCGGAGCACAACGUUUCCUCCGACUGGUACAUCCCCGACGCGCCGCUCACCCCGCUCGGGCGCACGCAGGCCGCGUCGCUGCACGCCGCCACGCUCGACACCGUCCAGGCGGACGCGGCGCUGCUCGUCACGAGCGGCCUCCGCCGCACGCUCUCGACGACCGUCGUCGGCUACGCGACCCUCCGCGCCCGGCUCGAGGCCGCGGGCACCCCCGUCGCCGUCCUCCCCCAGCUGCAGGAGGCCAACGAUCUCCCGUGCGACACCGGCUCCCCGCGCGAGACGCUCGAAGCCGACCCCGAGUACGCCGGGCUGGACUUCGCCCAGCUCACGCCCGACUGGACGUCCAAGGCCGGCUUCUACGCCUCCUCCCCCGCCGCGCUCGCCGCGCGCGCACGCUGGGUCCGCGCCUGGCUCCGCGCGCGCCCCGAGCCGCGCAUCGCGCUCGUCGCCCACGGCGACUUCCUCCGCUGGCUCGUCCAUGGCCGCAACGACCACGCGCCGUGGGCCAACGUCGAGGUGCGCGAGUACACGUUCGCCGCCGAGGACGACGAGGACGCGCGCCUCGUGCCCGUCGCCCGCUUGGUCGCCGACCCGGCUGGGGACGCGCCCACGUCUUCCUCCAAUGCCUGA